ACUGGGAGGGGCCGCUGCUGAUGUUGUUUACAGUUGCAGGUUGUAAUAUUAACUUUCACGCAGGUAUCAUGGCGGGGACGUCACGACAUGAUCGGGAGAUGGCAGUGAACGCCAAAAAACAGCUGUCUGUGUGCACAGACCCUGUGGAAAGCUUGAGGUUGCAGUGUCUUGCAAGAGGCUCUUCUGGCAUCAAGGGUCUGGGCAGAACAUUCAAGAUAAUGGAUGAUGACAAUAACCGUACGUUAGAUAUGAAGGAGUUUAUCAAGGGCCUUAAUGACUAUGGUGUCCUCAUCGAGAAAGAGGAAGCCGUGGCAAUGUUUCAGCGUUUUGACCGGGACAACAGUGGAUUCAUCGACUUCGAUGAAUUUCUCCUCACUCUCAGGCCUCCAAUGUCCAAUGCCAGGAAGGAGGUGAUCACGCAGGCCUUUAGGAAGGUGGAUAAGACUAAUGACGGGGUGAUUACUAUUGAAGAUCUAAGAGGGGUUUACAAUGUCAAGUACCACCCCAAAUAUCAAAACGGGGAAUGGACAGAGGAGCAAGUAUUCCGCAAAUUCCUGGACAGCUUCGACUCUCCUUACGACAAGGAUGGACAGGUCACCAAGGAGGAGUUUCUCAACUACUACUGCGGAGUCAGCGCCUCCAUCGAUAGUGAUGUCUAUUUCAUUCUCAUGAUGAAAAAUGCAUGGAAAUUAUGAGUUUUAAGCUGAUACAUUUAUGAUAAUGAUUUUUAAUGGACAGUUCUUCAAGGUGCUUUCUUAAACUAAUAUUUUGUUAUGGAAAUCAUGUUGACAAACUAAUAUUUAUAAUUUUCCAAUGAUAUGCAAAUAGUUAUGAAUGACUUGUCCAUAUUUUGUGCAAUGUUAAAAUAUGUAUUUCAAUUAGUCACUCUCCACAAGCUAACUAACGACAUCUAGCUAUACAGUGGAGCAAAAAAGUAUUUAGUCAGCCACUAAUUGUGCAAGUUCUCCCACUUAAAAAGAUGAGACGGGCCUGUAAUUUUCAUCAUAGGUACACUUCAACUAUGACAGACAAAAUCACAUUGUAGGACAUUAUAGGAUUUUGAAUGAAUUUAUUUGCAAAUUAUGGUGGAAAAUAAGUAUUUGGUCACCUACAAACAAGCAAGAUUUCUGGCUCUCACAGACCUGUAACUUCUUCUUUAAGAGGCUCCUCUGUCCUCCACACGUUACCUGUAUUAUUGGCACCUGUUUGAACUUGUUAUAAGUAUAAAAGACACCUGUCCACAACCUCAAACAGUCACACUCCAAACUCUACUAUGGCCAAGACCAAAGAGCUGUCAAAGGACACCAGAAACAAAAUUGUAGACCUGCACCAGGCUGGGAAGACUGAAUCUGCAAUAGGCAAGCAGCUUGGUUUGAAGAAAUCAACUGUGGGAGCAAUUAUUAGGAAAUUGAAGACAUACAAGACCACUGAUAAUCUCCCUCGAUCUGGGGCUCCACGCAAGAUCUCACCCUGUGGGGUCAAAAUAAUCACAAGAACGGUGAGCACAGAAAAUCACAGAAUCACACAGGGGGACCUAGUGAAUGACCUGCAGAGAGCUGGGACCAAAGUAACAAAGCCUUCCACCAGUAACACACUACGCCGCCAGGGACUCAAAUCCUGCAGUGCCAGACGUGUCCCCCUGCUUAAGUCAGUACAUGUCCAGGCCCGUCUGAAGUUUGCUAGAGAGCAUUUGGAUGAUCCAGAAGAAGAUUGGGAAAAUGUUAUAUGGUCAGAUGAAACUCAACUCAUUGUGUUUGGAGGACAAAGAAUGCUGAGUUGCAUCCAAAGAACACCAUACCUACUGUGAAGCAUGGGGGUGGAAACGUCAUGCUUUGGGGCUGUUUUUCUGCAAAGGGACCAGGACGACUAAUCCGUGUAAAGGAAAGAAUGAAUGGGGCCAUGUAUCAUGAGAUUUUGAGUGAAAACCUCCUUCCAUCAGCAAGGGCAUUGAAGAUGAAACGUGGCUGGGUCUUUCAGCUUGACAAUGAUCCCAAACACGCCGCCCGGGCAACGGAGGAGUGGCUUCGUAAGAAGCAAUUCAAGGUCCUGGAGUGGCCUAGCCAGUCUCCAGAUCUCAACCUCAUAGAAAAUCUUUAGAGGGAGUUGAAAGUCCGUGUUGCCCAGCAACAGCCCCAAAACAUCACUGCUCUAGAGGAGAUCUGCAUGGAGGAAUGGGCCAAAAUACCAGCAAUAGUGUGUGAAAACCUUGUGAAGACUUACAGAAAACGUUUGACCUCUGUCAUUGCUAACAAAGGGUAUAUAACAAAGUAUUGAGAAACUUUUAUUAUUAACCAAAUACUUAUUUUCCACCAUAAUUUGCAAAUAAAUUCAUUAAAAAUCCUACAAUGUGAUUUUCUGGAUUUUUUUUCUCAUUUUGUCUGUCAUAGUUGAAGUGUACCUAUGAUGAAAAUUACAGACCUCAUCUUUUUUUAGUGGGAGAACUUGCACAAUUGGUGGCUGACUAAAUACUUUUUUGCCCCACUGUACAUAGACAUGGAAUCACUGGCCACUUUAAUAAUGGAACACCAGUCCCUUUAAUGUUUUCAUACUGCUUUACUCAACUCAUAUGUAUAUACUUUAUUCUAUACUACUGUAUUUUAGUCAAUGCCACUCCGACAUUGCUCGUCCUAAUGUUUAUAUAUUUCCUAAUUCUAUUAUUUUACUUUUAGAUUUGUGUGUAUUGUUGUGAAAAUUGUUAGCUGGGGGGCAGGGUAGCCUAGUGGUUAGAGCGGUGGACUAGCAACUAGAAGGUUGCCAUUUCAAACCCCCGAGCUGACAGGGUACAAAUCUGUCGUUUGGCUGACUAAAUACUUUUUUGCCCCACUGUAUAUGUAUUGUAGAAAACUGUAGUCCACAGUCUGACGCCUCUAUCAGACCGGCAGCGUCAUUACAUACCGUUUUGCAUCGCUACCCAACUAAACUGAACGCAUGUAUAUACCAUACCAUGUUAUGCAUUACACAGAAUGCACUGCAACUGCCUCUGCAACGCAAUGCUGCAAAGCAAAAGCAGCAUUCCUUUGUAAAUGAAUGUACUUCUGGUGUGCCAGAUUGUGAUUGAGGCGUCAAUGUUGGAGUACAACUUUAUAAAGACACAGGAAAACCAUAGAGAUCCCCUUACAUUCAGAUUGGUUGAGCAGAUACAACAUGAAUGAUACAUCAAAGUACAGUCAUUUCAGGGGAUGAGAGCAGAAGAAAUUAUACUUUUUAUUUAUUUAUUAUGCAUACACAUUUGAUCUGUUUUAAUAAAAUGUUUUAAACAAAA